CAUGAACAUUGGCCCAAACCAUGCUCGAAUAUUGAGAAUAAUGGGGAAAAAUAUGAAAACACGCCAGACCGGAAGUGGUGGAAAAUUCUGGUCAUUUUUCAGUUGUCUCAGCGGCAAGGUUGUCGAUGCAGAAUUGCAGACAGUUUGUAGCGAUAAUAGUUCGGAUUGUACGAAAAACCUCCGACAAUCUAUAGAUGAGAAGAAAGUUGAUGGAGCAAUUGUUGCUCCUCAAGAAGAACUUCCACCUGAGGCGUCCUUUUGA